ACCAUCAAGAUUCAAGAUCAAAAUCAAUCCAGCUAGUCCAGUCCCCUUGAAGGUGAGAUGCGUGUCCCUGCUCCGUCAUGUUUUCCACCUUUUUCGCCGUCUCAGCUGUCAUGCAGCCCCCCUGACUAGCCACACAGCCAUGAUGAGGACAGCCAGUAUCGUGGUUAUGGUGACAGCCAUGGUGGCUGCACUACCAUCAUUAGAAGACCGUUACAUCGACAACCCCAGUACGGGUAACCAACUGCUUGAUAACAUUGUAGAAAAAGCUGUCGAAAACAUUGGAAAUCUCGGGUGGAAUGUAACCAAGAAAGUACAAAACGGCGAAACUAAUCUACCUAUGCACGGAGAUGAGGGUGUCACCAAUGAGAAUCUUGGGGUGAUAAAAGCCUUUAUAACUGGCCUCGAUUCCCUCAGACGAUCCAAGACAGCAUCUUUCAACGCAGACCAGACUGAACUGACCGGUACACUGGUGGUAGAGGACGCUACAAUCACAGGCACCUACUCUGCCGUUUUCCCAGGCACUGGCGCGGCACCUGCCCAGGACCUAGAUGGAAGCGUAUCCGAGACUGUGCAAAAACUGUUCGCUGACAUCGUAGUCAACGUUGCCGAAGUAAAUGGAGUUCCGGUGCCACAGAAUAUCAAAAGCUAUGAAGUGCGUUCUGGUCAUGAUGAAGUCAAUAUUAGUGGUAUUGAGGAAAAUAAUGCCAUGAUGCCGCUCCAUACUGCAGGUUUCAGAAAAGCUUUACGCCAGAUUCUUGAGGAUACUAUGAAUAAAAAUGUGAAGGUCCAGGUUAAUAAAGCAAUUCAAAGUAUUAAAUCAGAAGCUUCUUCUAAGUAAUAAAUAAUCAUUCUUUGAAUGUUAAAGGACAAAGUAUACAACCUGAUAUGUAAUAUCUUUAAGACACCGAGGGACCAAUAAAACAUAACGCAUUCA